UUCGCCAGGUACUUCCUUCGCCAGGCCCGGGAGGAGACAGAGCAUGCGGAGAAACUGAUGAGGCUGCAGAACCAGCGAGGAGGCCGGAUCUGCCUGCGGGACAUCAAGAAGCCGGACCAGGACGACCGGGAAAGUGGGCUGCAUGCCAAGGAGUGUGCUCUGCUCUUGGAAAAGAAUGGGAACCAGUUCUUGCUGGAAUUGCACUCUGGCUCGGACAAAGGUGACCCCCACUUGAGCGACUUCCUGGAAACCUACUACCUGAAUGAGCAGGUGAAGUCUAUCAAAGAAUUAGGUGACCACGUGCACAACUUAGUUAAGAUGGGGGCCCCGGACUCUGGCCUGGCGUAGCACCUUUUUGACAAACAUACUCUUGGAAAUGAAAACAAGCAGAACUAA